AUGAGGAGCAUAUUGGAAGAGUCGAUGCUGGAAACGCGCAGCAUGCCUCUCGAAAAUCGACUGCGACUUCCCCGCAUUCCUCUUAGCAAGCGAAAUCGGGAUGUCGUGCGGGCUCUUAACCCAAUGCUGGUGACCUAUUUGAAAUCAUUGGAGCGACCAGAGGUAUAUGGAACGGGCCCAGGACCGGAUCAGGCUGACACUGUCGCAUUUUGGCGUAGCCUGUGGUCAGAGCCCGUAAACCACAACGAGGGCCCUUGGAUGGAAUUUGUGGCGAGCUAG